AUGCGAGAAUUACAUGAACAUCGCUUCUCGAAUUAUCAGUGGAAUUAUCCAUCAGACGGUCCUGUUCCAACAGAUUCUCAACUUGUUUUUCAACUAUUUACAACCUACUUCAAUCAUAUUCUUUUGCCAGAUCCUCGAACUCACGAAGGACCAUUUAAAGGUUCUAAAAUGUACAAUUCAAUCGCUCUUAUUCGAUAUCCAGUUGCUGCACAAGCUGUAAUAUUGAAGGUAUUAGACGAAAAUAUUGUGCACGAUAUUCAACCUGGCGAAUAUAAUUUGAUCGAUGCAUUAUUAUUAUUUUUUGAACGUAUUAAUCAUCAACAACACGGCAAAUUGAGUGGUGUAUGUCUAGGUCCAAAUGGCAUUGAUAUAUUGCGUACAUUGAAUGUAUAA